UAUAAGGAUAAUCAAUAAAACAUACAAAAAAAAUUGUCACAAGAGAUCCAGCAAAUACCCUGACAAUAAACCAUAAUGUUUUAACAAUAUAAGAUCAUUCAAAUAAUAAGUAUGCCACCUUCAAUUGAAAAUAUAAGUCUGUUGUUGAUUCUUCUGGCCUGUUUCCUUUUGGCACACACAUCAACAAUUAGGUCACCUGACCAAAAGAUCACGUCACAGCAAGCGACACAGUUAACUGGGAGUGCACCACAACAGUCGCCAUGUUUUGUUUUAAACACCGACGAAGACGUCACUGUCAACUGUCAAGGCCGUUCUCUCACGAGGGUGGAUAUGUCCUGGUUUCCGGAAAAUACAACAGUGAUCCUAUUAGACAACAAUCUGUUGACCGCUGUGCCGAAGAUUUUUGAAACCCUCCAUCGGCUGCGUCGCCUCAGCUUAUCUGGGAACCAAAUCUCAGACAUUCAAGACAACAUGUUCUUAGGCCUGGGUCAACUGGAGUACUUGAACCUGGAUGACAACCCGCUAAACGUGGCCAACCUUUCUAAAGAAACGUUAGCCCCUCUUAAAAGUCUGAUCGAAUUGUCAAUCUGUAUUGAUGGGGAUUUUGAACCUUUUGCCUACCCUAAUGAAACUUACUCACGACUUUUAAAAUUACAAGUUUUGACCAUCAGUGCGUUUGGGGAAGAAUUGUACUUUGGUGAAGAAUUCGGAAGUACGACAAAUGUUCAUCAAUUAACAAUAAUACAAGGAAAUGUCCAACGUAUCACGAAAAAUAGCUUUAAAAACGUAAAUCGAAUUAGAACUCUUGAAAUAAACAAUUUAUCUUUUUUAAAUGGAGUUGAGAACUCUACUUUCGAGAGCUUAAAGCAUGUUAACCAACUAACACUCAAGGUGCUUCGCCUGGAGCUUAAAGAACUUCUCCCGACAUUCAAGGCGUUCGUUGGGAAAAAGAUGGACUCUAUUACAAUGAUGCGAAUACGGGUGGUAAUGAAUGACCGGUAUAACACCAUACUUACCGGAGAUGCUAUACUUACACAAGAGUCUUUGAGGUACCUAACUCAAAUUUGUGUCGCGCAUUUCGCUUUGACGGAUUCUAAUGUAUAUGUUAUAAAACAUAAUGCUUUUGCCAGCGAAACAUGGAAUAAAUGCUUGAAAAGUUUGGAUCUGUCUAAAAACCUCAUUGCUGGAACGAAAUUUGCAUACUUCCAGAUAUGGAAUCUAAAACAUUUAGAAACUCUCAUAAUGGAGUAUUCAACUCCAUUUUACACUGGAAGUAAUUCUGUAAUAAGACAAAAAGGACGAGAAUCUUGCAAUAUAGACAAAAAUUCUUGGGUCAAGCAGUCCAAUAGUUACGUUAAUGAACAUCGUUUGAUUUCAAAUACAAAGCUACAACCGCGUGUCAGUGAGAUCUUCUUUUAUACCUCCAGUUCACUUCAGUUGAUGGAUUUCGCGAAACUGGUGUCGCUGUCUUUCGACAUAAAUCUUACAUUUGUAGGAGCAGAAAACCUUUGCUAUGUCGAUUUAUCGUACAGCAGAGGACGAAGGUAUACAUGUCCAAUUCGAGGUUUAAACAAUGUCAAAACAUUCAUCUUAACGGGCAACAAUAUCAUUGACAUCUGCGGAGAUUUCUUCGACACAAUGCCAAGUAUAGAAACCCUGGACCUUUCAAGGAACCAGCUUCAAAAUGGCAACAUGUUUGCUCUGGAUGGCAGAUUGUUCCAAAAGCUUUUCAAUUUGAAACAACUGGAGCUGUCAUUCAACCACAUCAGCGCAUUAAGUUCAAAUAUUUUUCACACCAACAAAAAGUUAGAGGAGUUGUAUUUAGCAUGGAAUCGCUUCUCGAAAAUGCCAUUAAAUUUAAAAAACACCCCGAGUUUGCGAGUUUUGGAUUUGAGAUUCAAUGCUUUGAUAACUCUCCCAAAAGAAUCGAGAGACGAAAUGGACACUCUGGCUAGAAACAAUGGUGGAUUCAGCUUGUAUUUAGAAGGGAACGUCUUGUCUUGUGGAUGUCAGAAUAUCCAGUUUCUACAAUGGAUAAAGCUGACGAGUGUUAGUUUGGAUAUGUGGAGAAACUUUACCUGUAUUGACAAUGACGGGGUUUCAACAAACACUGGAGCCUACACAAAUUUAGAAGCCUAUUGGCGUCAGUGUUGGGGAAAUUUUUUUCUUUCUUUUUCGGUGAUUUUGUUUUGUUUACUUGUCAUAGGAUUCGUGUUGUGUUAUUUUAUUAUCAUGUUCAAAACGUAUAUCAUGUCUGGUUUGAUGAAUUUAUUCAACGUCACAAAGCUAAAGAGUCCUUCGAGCUAUGAGAUUGGUGUCUUCAUUGGUUAUGCUGACAGAGAUUACCAAUUCGCUUGUCAUGAUCUCAGGGAGUUCAUCGAAGUCACUUUGGGAUUACAGACGUAUAUACGUGACCGUGACCUUUCACCUAAUGCCAAUAUCUCCUCCGGGAUAAUGAACGCUAUAGACGACAGCUGGCGAAUUCUUUUAGUGGUAAACGAAACAUUUCUGAACUCUGAUGAUUAGUUCUUGUUUACAUGUAGAUCUGCCACUUCCGCUAUGACGUCAGCUAAUCCCCAGCGAAUAGUCGUGCUUGUAGAGAGCCAGCUACGUCACCGUCUACCAGCCGAGCUUUUGAGAGUCGUUCACGAGGAUAACAUCAUCGUUACCACGGGCAACGUCUUAGAUUAUGAACUAAAAGAAAAGCUACGCACUCGUUUGUUAGAGUAAAGUAAAGCAAGGUUUAG